AGUAAUUAUUGUUGUAAUAAGUAUUAGUUUUUAUAUAAGCACUAACAUUUUUAAUAUUAAAUUUAUGUAUUAUGUGAAUAAUAUAGAAUUAUAAUAAGCUUAGCAGUUUUUAUCAUCUAAACGAAAAAUUAAAAAAAAUAAAUAUUAUUUGAUUAAGAUCUUUUUUCUUGUUUCUGAAUAGUUAUAAUUAUAUUUUUUAUUUAAUAGUUAUUAUAAUUUUUAUAAGCCUCGAGCCCUGAUAAUAAGAGUAACAGAUUGAGUCACAUUGAAUAUAUUACACAUAAUAUCCGAAAUGGAUAGAUUAUGUUUUAAACAAAUAUAAUAUAUAUAUAAGUAAUUAUUCGAGAGAGUAAAAUUAAGUUUGAGCGACUUUGAUACUAUAUAUCUGAAGUAUGACCCGAUAGGCUUACAUUAUAUGUAACAUAAGUCUAUAAUAUAUAACUUUUAGUCAAUGUAUUAUAAAAAAAGUUAAUUGAUUUUCAAACAUUUGAAAAUAUGAAUAUUAGUUUUAAGAUAUAUUAAUAAUGAGUAAGCUUGUGAUAUUAGCGUUAAAAAGUUACCAUAAAAAAAAAAUUGUCUAUGAAAACAUAGACUUUAUAAUUUAAAAUUGCAAAACAGUUAUGGACAUAUUUAAAAAAAUUUCAAAUUUAUUUCUUAAAAUAUGUGUCAUAUUUACAGGAACUGUUCUAGAUAAUAUAGUUUUUUCCUUAAAUCAUGAAAUAUUGAUAACAGGCCGUGAUUUCUUCACAAAUCACUUUCUCUGAUAAAAUAAAACAAAACUGUACAGCAGGUAAAUAUAACUUACUAAUAUAUAUUCAAACGAAUGUAUCAUUACAGAAGAAAACUUUCCUGACAAAUCUGAUCAAUUAUAUUAAACGAUAUUGGUUAUUUUAAAGUUGGAUUAUUAUAAAUAUUAGAUAUUUAUUGACCACAUGAUUGUUAUUUUGAAGAUAUUGGCGAUUUUGAACUAAAAAUAUGCAGGAAAAACUUAAUGAAUCAGUAAAAAAUUUAGAAGCAUCAGCUUUAGAAGUUAAAACCUACAUAGAAAAUAUAAUAAGGAAAUACCACAUUUUUUCAGUUUUCUGCAUUAAUCAUUGGCAUUUCAAUGAAAUUUUGGAAAAAAAAACGUUGUUUGAUAUCAACCCACCUCCUAUUUUUUGGAAUAAUAGGAUUGUGCGUGAUUAUGAUUUAUUCGAUGUGGGAGAAGAUAAUAUGAUUACCGAAGAAAACUUCCAAGAUAAGAGUGCUCAACUUUAUAAAAUGUUAACCGGAAUUUAUAUUAUUCGGCUAAUAAAUAUAUUGAAAAUUUUAGAACAUAUGUGUAUCGGCAUUUGUGAAAAACUUGAUAAGUUUGAAUAUGACAAAGGUGAAGAAUCAGUAAAAGCAGGUUUUAAUUGUUUUGAGGAAUCGAUUAAUAAAGUUAGUAUUAAUAUUAGCAAAAACAGUAUUGUUCCAAAUGUUGUAAAUUUCAUUAUUAAUGAUAUUGUUGAAUUAAAAAUCAACAAGGAUCUCAAUACUAUAAAAAAUAUUGUUUCCACAUAUAUUGAGAAGUGUUAUCAGUAUCUUAAUAGUGAGUAUUAUAUGUCAGAAUAUGAGGAAUUAGAUGAUUAUUAUUAUGCAAUAAAUAGAGCAACGUAUGUCAAUUCAGUGUCCAACAAAAGACAACUUCCAUUGAUAACGCUUCGUCUUUUGUUGGAUUGCAUGAAAAAUAUUUCACAAAAAAUCUCAAAAGUUAUAAAUAUUCUUUCUUAAGAUAAAAUAAGUAGUCUAAAUAAACCAAAUAAUUUCUCUCUUAUUCAGUUAAAUCUUUAUAUUUAUAUCAAUUAUAUAAUAACUGAUUGUAUUAAAGAUUUGUAUGAUAAUAUCAGUUAAAAUGUCAAAUUGUUUUAUGAAUAAAAUUUCUUAUCGAAAUCAGUUAAA